CCGGCGAGAGGACGCGGGCUGGUAGCUCGGCGGGCGGCUAGAGCGGCCAGCCCGGCGGGGUGGGUGCCAUCCGGCAUGGAGGACGAGCUGAGCUUCUCGGACAUCUACGGCGGCCGCCUGGCCCUGCAGCGCCGCUACUACUCCCCGUCCUGCCGAGAGUUCUGCCUCAGCUGCCCUCGGCUCUCGCUGCGCUCGCUCACCGCUGUCACCUGCACCGUGUGGCUGGCGGCCUACGGGCUCUUCACCCUCUGCGAGAACAGCAUGAUCCUUUCUGCUGCCAUCUUCAUCACCCUCUUAGGCCUGCUUGGUUACCUCCAUUUUGUGAAGAUUGAUCAGGAGACUCUGUUAAUCAUUGAUUCCCUUGGCAUCCAGAUGACUUCAUCCUAUGCCUCUGGCAAAGAAAGCACCACCUUCAUUGAGAUGGGCAAGGUGAAGGAUGUUAUCAUUAAUGAGGCUAUUUACAUGCAGAAGGUGAUUUACUACCUCUGCAUUUUAUUGAAUGAUCCAGUGGAACCACAUGGGAUAUCCCAAGUAGUACCUGUCUUCCAGAGUGCCAAGCCCCGGCUGGACUGCUUGAUUGAAGUGUACAGGAGCUGCCAGGAGAUCCUGGCACACCGGAAAGCCACACCCACAAGCUCCUGAGUCCCAGCGUUCAGAAGGCCAGUACUGUCUUCCAUGGGAAAUGACUCCCAAGCCCUAGGGCCGAUGUAUUUUCUGUAUCCUAAACCAUCAUGUGGACAUGGUCCGAGGAACCAGGACGGACGCAGUGGACAUCAGAGCCACAGAGCAGGUGACUGGAAACCCAAAUCAUUGUGUGAUGUUGAACCAAGUAUUCCUGUGUGUCAGUGCUCCCCCUGUAAGGUAGUGCCUACUUUACCAACAGAGGGGAGACCUUAAGAAAUGAUAUGCAAAGGUAAUGUCGACAAAGACCACUUUGUGAAUUUCAUAUGCACAUUCAAGUUUACUUUUUGUUGAAAUUUGUGGAGCAAGCCAAUGGGAUGCUGCUAUCAGAUCUCUUGAGAAAGACAAUUUCCAACUGUAUAAAAGUUAAGUACCCCCGUAUAAAAGUUCAGGAAAAAAAGCAAGCCCUUCAGGUACUGGGUUGGCAGGAAGAAAUGGCCUACAAAAGACUAGUCUCUGUCCCCCAGCUCCUGUGUUUGUAUAGGGUUAAUUUAUGAUGAUUCUCUCAAUAAACAGAUCUCCUUCCUAAACAUGCACCAUAACUGCCUGGUUCACAGAUAGCUGCUUUCAUCAACAAAUGUGAACGUGGCAUUUCAGCCAUGGGUGAAGCACAUUCAUACUUCUGUUACUCAGCACUGUGUACAGUUUCAAAAACGUUUGCCAGGAGGGACAAGACAAAAGGCCAGACAGAAAUUCGACUUUGGUUUCCAGACAUCUUAAAGGAGGAUAAACAUUGCAACUGUAGAAGCCUUUAUUUAUAAGGCAGUUUCUUCUGUAUUAAACUGAUAAAUUAAGGGAGGAUUCCUGAAAGGCCGGGAAGGAGACAGGGAGGGUGAAAUAGCUUGACCCACAGAUUCAGUAUGAACACAGCUCCAUUCUUCCUUAUUCUUUGGGAUCCUUUUUUUCUUUUUAACUCCCAGGUAGAUAGUAUUAUCCUCAUGGGUCUUAGAGACACUCAAGGUAUCACAAAACCAAAGUUGUCACUUCUGCCUUUUACACCAGCCCUGGGGGUUCUUCAGGAGCCGGUGGUGCACGUGACGCGCUGACCCUGUUUGAGGUAGAGAUGUCCCGACUAGAUCCCAAAUGCUAGGGGAAGGCAGGAGCAGAAAUGGAAGACAGCCAUAGAACUGCCGCCUCGCAAAGGCAAGUUCAUUUAAAAGAGGCAGACACUCUGAUAUGCUUCUUUUUCUUUUUUUCCCACACCCAAGGAUGU